AUGCUGCAAAAGAGAAUGAAGGCGAACGCGACAGUUAUGGAGGACCCGCCUGGCAAGGGAGUCCGUGGGGGUUCGUCGUACAGAAACGCCGAGGGAUCGCCGACGAUGGGUGCCCGCGGUUGCGUGCCACCGCAGCGCUCCAGCAAGCGCAUGCUGAACCAGGAGAUUAGUCUUCUGAUGCUGAUUCUCGCUGCUCAGACGAUUACCGGCAUGGUCAACAUUCAGGAUAGCGUGCUGAGUACCGAGCUGGUGGCCGAUUCGCACAGCUUCCGCGGGCGCCCGUCGCUGAAGAACGAGAACUACUCUUCUUCGUACUACUCGUCUGCGUCGUCUGACAAGCAUGUGCCGUUUAUGGACAUCUCCGAUGGCAUUUCCUCCUCCAUCGUGGACUUUGAUGCCAGUGAGAACUUCGACAACGACGGUGACGAGGAGGAGGUCAUCGCUACCUGCUUCGCUUCGCAGCUCACGACUCCGUGCCGUGCCAACACGUACUUCACUCACAACGAGGACAUCUGGGAGAACAUCUUCAGUUUCUUGCCGUGGGAAGCUGCGAUGCAGGUUCGCGGUGUGAGCCGUUUCCAUUUCCGCCAAUCGCUUCCGCGGGUCACGGUUGCUCGCAUGCCGCAGAGCAAGGUGCCGGCCAUCUUCAUCCCCUGCCUAGAGGAUCUCGACAGCAACGAGAUGGAGAUCGAGGCAGAGCUGGCCCCGCAGCACCAAACACCGUGGCCGUGUCCGCACUGCUGCCUUUUCAACGCACAGGGAACCGUGUGCGGCAACAAUCGCUGCCAGCAGCCUCGCCCACAGAACGGUCAGCGCCUCUUCCUCGGCCAGCUGCGCCGCACUGGGACGGUGCCCAUGGUGCGUUGGUUGGUGAAUACGGUCUUCAACGCUUCGACUGGUGCGCUGGUUUCAGUGGAGAACCGCCGCAACACUCACACACAGCGUGGUAAGGGCUGCGCGUGGCCCACAAUCAACGACGAGGCCACUGUGAAGCGGAUGCUCGAUGCGCACCAUCGCCUCUUCUUUGACUCUGUGAACGGCGUGGAGGGUGUGUGGCUGGUGCCGAAGGACCGCGAGAAGGCGCUCCAGUCGGAGGUGUCGAUGCGGUACAACGGGGGGGCGCAUCAAAAGCACAUGCCACGUGGGACGAUUGUUGUGGAGAUCCCAUCAGCCCCAUUUUUUGCUGCUGCACCCGCUACUGCGCCCUUGAUCAACGCCAAGGGCAAAGGUGUGGAUCCCAGGGAGGAAGUUCACAGGGACAUGGCGCGCAGUGUUACCGGUCUGCUGUGCUCUGCCGCCACCCAGUUGAGUCACUCAGGCUCGAGCUACCACAAGACAAGCACCACGCUUCCUCCCUACCAGUCCGACCAGGAGAUGCACCCCGCAACAGUGGCUACCGCUGCGGAGUACUACGGGUACAACGGUGCAGCCAAAACCAUGCCGUACAGCAUUCCUGGCGUGGACUUUGUGCGCGCUGGUGUGUACCGCCUGAACCCCUACACAGUUCUCAUAUAG